AUGGCGAAAGAUAUUGUUGUCGGAGACGAUAGCGGCUGGAAACUGGACUUCGAUUACCAAGCUUGGGCCAAAGACAAAGUAUUUCAAGUUGGUGAUACUCUAGUGUUCAAGUACAAACCUCCUGCACACAAUGUGUACAAGGUGGACGGAGCUGGAUUCCAGGAUUGCACGAAACCGGCAAAAAACGAAGCAUUGACGAGUGGAAACGACAAAGUAGAACUGAAGACCGCCGGAAAUAAAUGGUACAUUUGCGGCGUUUCCGAUCACUGUGAUCAGGGCAUGAAGCUUACCAUUAACGUUAUGGAAAAGUCUUCUGCUACUCGUGGGAUCAUACUCUCUGGAAUCCAAGUCUUCGUGGCGGCCAUCUUUGCCAUCAUGGCAAUUGUGGUGUGA